AUGGAUAUCGAUGACAUCCUUGCCUCCGUCGAUCGCGACGACGUCGCCUCGCCCGAGUUGACUGCGCUCGAUCACCAGCAGCUGACGCGCCUCUGGGUCGCGGAGCGCGCGGUCUCAGAGCUGCUCCCAUGGCCGGGGGCGUUGAUGGAGAGGAUGAUGGAGAGGGUGCGGAAGCAGAUCGAAAUCAUCGAAGACCUCACCGCGUCAUCCUACGACCCCGCCAACAAUAACGGCUCCACGAACAACCAAACCCUGAACCUGAAGCUCUCGAUCCUGCAAACCGACCUCUCGCGCACCCAGUACCUCAUCCGCUCGCUGCUCCGGCAGCGGCUGGCCAAGCUCACCAAGCACAGCAUGCACUACCUGAUGCUCAUCUCGCCUCCGUCCUCGCAGUCGCAGUCACAGUCUUCGCCCUCGCAACACCAGCUGACGGAAGACACCAUCCCCAACCCAUCCGGCGUGGCGGACCCUUCCCCCUUGUCCCGCGAGGAGGCCUCCUUCCUGUACUCGCACCAGACGCUGCUCGCCUCGCACUACAGCGCGUCGUUCCUCAGCGCCUUCCCGCCUCAGCUCCGACGGCUGGACGACAACGCCGGCGGGACGAGCAUGGUCCAGGGCCCGGAUACCAAGGAGGUCGUCUUCGUCCGCUGCCUGGUCGACGAGGUCACUGUCGUCGUGCCGCCGGAUGAUACCCUCAACGAGGAGAUGUACGGCACGACGAUGCGCAUGGGCGAGGUGUGGGUUGCGCGGUGGGAAGGCGUCAAGAAGGCGUGGGAGAGGGGGGAGGUGGAGGUUUUAUAG